AUGCUAAGUGCUUUAAGAUUGAACAUGCAACAUUUAAAAGAAGACAAGAAGAAGGAUACUUUAACCCUCCUAAGUUUAAUACAGUGUUACAAAGUGCUCAAUGUUAAUAAACCCACAGACAAUUUAGGAUUAAAGUGUGCGUUUCUACUUAAAUCAGAAUUAAGUGCAAAACAAACAGAAAAGUGUGAGUGUUAUCAUUAUUUCGAAGAGGUGGAACCAAGGAGGAGCUACAUCAUUUUAUUUAUUCGGAAAGCAAUUAAAAUUUUCAGCAAAGUGGCGCAAAGUUCAGACUCUGUCAUCACUCCCAACUCCAAAAGGCACUUGGAGUUGGAUCUGGAUUUCCUGGAGAGACGCCAGAAUGCCACUUCAGGAACGAGCGCGAGCGGUCAGGAGAGCAGUCAGGAACAGGACCAGCGUUCUCCCAUCGAGAUCAGUCCAGAGUCGGUCGAUAGAAUUAAGGUUAUUUUAUUGGGGGCACCGGCCGUUGGCAAGACGUCCAUAAUACAGCAAUUUGUAUGGAACGAGUUCUGUGAAGACUACAUUCCCACAGAAAGAAAGCACACGUACUACCCAUCAGUAAUAACCAAUGAGCGCCUCUACGAGAUUAAAAUUUCAGACCUGCCAGUCAUCCCGUACUUCCCGGUGAACUCCUACUACGAGUGGGCCAACUACCGGUACUACGGACUCCGAAGUGCCACAGCGUACAUCCUGGUCUUCGACCUUUCUAAUAUAGACACUUUUCAAUACGUUAGAACACUUAGGGAACAAAUAUGUGAAUCCAGGAAUAUGCAGAACGUUCCUUUGUUAGUUGUUGGCAAUAAGCAAGAUCUAAUAGUACCUGAGGAGGGUGCGAGUAAUAGUUCGAAACCUGCCAUAACGAAUAGUAGCGAUGAGAAACGUAGGGAUAUAGUAAAUUUAGUGAAAAAGCAUUGGAAAUCCGGGUAUAUUGAAUGUAGCGCCAAAUAUAAUUGGAAAGUUGUAGCUGUUUUUAAGGAAUUGAUCAAUAUGAUCGAUACGUUGAGUAGUAGGGAUCAGAGUCCGAUGUUAGAUAAUAUUCAGGAAGCUUUAGAUAGAAAUAAGUGUAUUGUUAUUUGAUUCGUUUUAAAGAUAUUAUCUUUUUUAUAUGAACGUUUGGUAUUUAUUGCAAAAUGGUGAAUUUUUUAUACAGUCUCUAGGUUUAGUCCUGUCGCCAGGGGGGGUACAACGGCCUCGUUAAUUCAGAUGGACUUAACCAAGUUUUUUUUAUGUAUUUUGACCCGUAGAACACGAAUUUUUUGGGUAACAGUUGAUCCGGAUGUCGAUAAGAUUGUUAUAGACCAAGAACUUG